AUGACGGGUCAGGCAGCUGCUGUUGUUGCUGUUGCUAUUGCUGUUGCUGCUGCUGUGACAGCGGCGGAUGAUGAGAUAUUAGGUGCUCCAACUCCAGACCGACACAGCCGGGCUGCUCGCCAAAAGCCAGGUCUAGUGCUUGGUUCCGAGAUUCGCACCCACAAUGACCCUAAUCAGCCCUGUUGGUCAGGGGAGACUGCACAAGCUUUAUCAGAUUGGAUUGGAGGAGGGAAUGACGAUGGAAUACAAUUGACGAAGGACAUGUCGGUGUGCUCGCCGCCCACGUAUCUAGGGGCCCCUAGAAGCGACGUCGUAGAGGAGAAAGAAAAGGAAGUAACUGCGGUCUGUGUGCUGCGGCAACGGGGACCCGAUGAGCCCACGACGACUAUCGGCUGGUCUGGAUUGGGAUCGUCUGGGGUUUGCAUCUAA